CCACCGACACACCUCAGAACUGUUCUGAAAACCCUCGACGUAUAGCUAAGUGACCUAUUGAUUAUCUCGUUCCUUUGGGCCCAUUGGGUAGGGAUAUUAAGUAGGCACUUAGCUGGGAGGAACAGCCGGGAAACUCCUAAAAGGUGAGCGUGUGUGUGUGUGUGUGUGUGUGUGUGGCGAUGGCCGUGUGGGAGCUGUGCACACACUUCCCCCUCCUCUGCCCCCGCUCCCUCCCCGCCAAGCCCCCACAUGAGUUCUGCGGCUUCAUGAACAUUGCAGGUGUGGACAGAGAGGUGCGGCUGGAGACUCCACACUUCCCUGGGGUGGAGGGGAUGCGACUCUGCUCUGAUACACACCUACACUGCCUCUCCCGCACCUGCCUGGACCAGCUGCAGGAGGCCCAGACAUCAUCCAGCACUGUUCUCGGCUUUCUCCUCAGGUUCCAAAAGAUCUGUAGUGCUGCUGCCAAGGUGGAGGAGAGGGUGGAGGCAGGUGAGGCGGAGGAGGAUGUGGGGCAGGUGGAGCUUAACGAGCCGCUGGUCAGGUGUUUGCUGGUCCACCUGGAGGCGCUCGGAUGGUCCAGGGUACAGCAAGUGACCCCAGACUUCACCUCCUUCACACUGAGGACCAAGGACACCCAGGGGCGCGUACACCUGCUGCAAGUGAGGGCGGGGGACGGCUACCCCCGGGAGGAGCCCCAGGUGGAGGCCGACCUACCUGAUGGACUGGAAUAUGACUACGACCAGGGCGAAGGUGUGCUGGGCGUGGUGCGGGCGUGGGAGGCGCGCGUGGCAGCCCUUCAAGACUUCUGGGAUGCGAUGGACGAGAUUGACUCCGAGGCCGUGGUGCUGGACCCCCCCCGCCCCCAGCGUCGCCACACCUUCCGUCGCCUCCUGCUGGGUAACCUCGUCAAUGUCCAGGUCAGCCUGUCCCCAGAUCAGCCUCGUCGCCUGCCCCAGUGGCAUCUCUUCGGCCCCUCCAAGCUGACGGGACCCAUGGGCACGCGCCUCACCAGGACCUACGAGGAAUGGGACCCGGAAAGAAGUGUGGUGGAGAACCUGGAACACAUACUGGGGGAGGAGGUGGUGAGAAGGGACAGUGGAGGAGGAAGUGGAGGAGUGGAGGAGCUGGGGGUGGAGUGCUCUGUCUGCUACGAACUCCACUUUGACGAUAAGUUGCCUGACCAGACCUGUGAACACUGCUGCAAGGCGUUCCACACUGUCUGCGUUUAUGAGUGGCUUUCAACUCUAACCUCGAGUCGCCAAACCAUGAACAUGAUCUCCGGCGAAUGUCCGUAUUGUAGCAAGAACAUUUCCUGCAAGAUACCGACCUAGAGAGAGAGAGAGAGAGAGAGAGAGAGAGAGAGAGAGAGAGACUGUAUAUAGGACUUAAUAAAGAUAUUUUCACCAUA